AUGGCGACCGACAGGGCCAUGAUGGACUCGCAGUACAAUCCAGUCGCGACUGAAGAGGUAGCGACUCCUUCGCUAUCAGAAGCGGGCGACUCGAAAUGGUUGCCCUCGAGUAACCCGCUGAUAGACACCCCCACUUUCGAGGACCCGCCUGGCUUGAAAGACACGCAAGAACCUUCAUCAGCUUCAGUCCAAUCUAAGCCUUCUCGAAAGCGAACGCUCACUUUUGUGAUACUUGGUAUAUGUAUAUGCAUCAUUCUCGUGGCUGCGGUUGCGAUUCCAGUUCUUUUGACCCAUUAUUUCAAAAAGAGGAAUCAAUCGUCCGAGAGAUCCAAUACAAGCACAUCUGCGACACCGACGCCCUCCCCGGUUCUGCCGGAUGGCCCGCUUCCCACCGCUGGAACGGAUGGCUCUAUCAUCCGGAUGGAUAACGGCGAAUUGUUCAUAUACUCGAACAACUACGGCGGAGACUGGGCUACAACUCCUGAUGACCCCUUCGCACCAGGAGGGAAAGCCCAAAGCUGGUCAAAGAGAAUUGGGUCAGAAGAAUGGGUAUGGGGAACCGAUGUUAUAAGGGGUGUCAAUCUUGGUGGUUGGCUAGUCACGGAACCCUUCAUUGUACCCGCAUUGUAUGAAAAAUAUGCUACCGUUGGCGGUUUCGCGGUCAUCGACGAAUGGAUGCUCUGCGUAGCAAUGGGAAAGAACGUUGCAAAAGAGCUAGAGAAUCAUUAUGCCACAUUCAUUACUGAAAGGGACUUCGCCGAAAUUGCCGCCGCUGGUUUGAACUGGGUCCGGAUCCCUAUCGGAUUUUGGGCUAUCGACACCAUGGAACACGAGCCUUUCUUAAAAAGCUCCUCUUGGACAUACCUCCUCAAGGCUAUCGAAUGGGCUCGAAAGUAUGGCCUUCGUAUAUAUCUCGACCUCCACGCUUUGCCGGGGAGCCAGAAUGGCUGGAAUCAUUCCGGCAAGGGCGGUAGUAUCAACUUCAUGAACGGCGUUAUGGGAAUCGCCAAUGCCCAGCGAACUCUCACGUACAUUCAAAUUCUUACCGAAUUUGUUAGUCAGGAACAAUACCGAGACGUUGUUUGCAUGCUGGGUAUCGUCAACGAAAUAUUGUGGAAAACAAUUGGGCAAACCUCUAUAGAAAGUUUCUACUACGCCGCGUACGACACUAUCAGGAAUGCAACUGGGCUUGGGACCGGAAAUGGGCCCUAUAUUGUCCUGCAUGAUGCUUUUCAGGGACUCAAGCCUUGGGAAAACUUUCUCUCAGGGUCCGACAGAGUUGUGAUUGACCAACACCCAUAUCUGGCUUUCCGUAAAGACGGUGCACUCACACUUGAAGAGAUGGUCGAUAUACCAUGUGAAUGGGCCAUGGCGACGAACCGUUCCUCGAGAGUAUUCGGCGUCACAGUGGGCGGGGAAUUCUCUACUGCCAUCAACGACUGUGGAUUAUGGCUAAAUGGCGUCGGCUCAAGUCCGACUAACACAGACUGCGCACAUUGGGAUGACUGGGAACAUUACGACCAGACUACAAUUGAUAACCUCAAGAAGGUCACAUUGGCUUCAAUGGACGCGCUGCAGAACUUUUUUUUCUGGACGUGGAAGAUAGGUAAUUCCACUGUCCUGCAGAAAUCUUCUAGUCCUCUCUGGCAUUAUAAACUCGGGUUGCAGCGGGGUUGGAUACCCAAAGACCCCCGUGAGGCUGUUGGACACUGCGCAUCAGUACUACAGACCUCGGAUGUUUUCGACGGGCGACAUCCGUCGACCGCGAUUGGAGGAUCGGGAGCAGGGACGCUCUCUGCCAACCAAGCUCGUGCAUUCCCUCCCGCUACCCUAUCACCCUCCUUCUCUGGCACUCAGAUGACUCUUCUACCUACAUAUACAGCGACGGGUACAGUCAAGACGCUCUUCGCGCCCACAUUCAGUUCGGCCCCUUCUGCAACAGUUGGUACUGGCUGGACGAAUGCCAAAGAUCAAGCGUUGGCAUAUGUACCUGUUGCGGGAUGUGAUUAUCCGGAUGCUUGGGAUUCGGUUAAUGCCUCUCUUCCAAACACACGAUGCACAGGAACGAAACCACGAGGCUAG